GCUUCCACACAGGUGUGGUUCCUGAGUUAAUUGAGCAAUUAACAUCCCAUCAUGCUUAGGGUCAUAUAAACAAUCCCCAGUUGCCUAUUAUUUUGGCUAGAAGAAGAGAGCUCAGUGACUUUGAAAGAGGGGUCUCAAAGGAGUGCAUGCUUAACUAUACUUGUUGGGACCAYAAGUCCCCAKAAGAAUUGUAAACAAACAAAAAUUCGACCAACUGUGGACUAUUUGCAGGCAUGGGAGCUGGUUCCAGUCAACCCAGUGAGAAUGAUGAGCAGGCCAUCGUACCCCAGCAGGACAGGAGGAAGACCUCUAACAGGAGACACUCUGAGGAAACACUGGKCUGCCCAACCUGCCAGGGCACGGGCCGCAUCCCACGAGGUCAGGAGAGCAAAUUGGUGGCAGUGAUCCCCUGCUCCGAUCAGAGGCUGAAACCACGACACACGAAGUUGUAUGUCACUGUGUCAGUGACGCUGUGCCUGCUGGUCAGCUCGCUGGUCCUCUUCUUCUUGUUUCCUCGCAGUGUCAUCCUCUCACCUGUGGCUGUCAAGUCUGUCUAUGUUUACUUCACCCCGACCACUGUCCAAAUGAACAUCACGAACAUCCUGAAUAUUACCAAUGACAACUUUUUUACAGUUCAGGCCUAUAACUUGACAGUGCAGGCUCUUUUUGAUAAAACGGUUGUGGGCAAGGCUGAUAUGAAAAAUGUCACCACUGUCAAACCACUCACGGACAAAACGUUUGCCUUUGAGAUUCCUGUCACGCUAGUGGAGGAGGGUCUGAACAAUUACUGCAAGAAAUCUACGAUCAAGAUCCACACGUUAUUUGUCAAUCUUCAGAUGUCAAUGACUGUUUACUACCUGGCCCACUUUGAGCAGCUUUCCCUGGACACGUUUGAAUACAUCGACUGUGGGUCUAACACCACAACACCCCACCUCAUCAACCCUACACCCUGAGACCAAGGGCUCCAUGAGUGGCGGGAUGACUGAGGAGUAGGCCAUGAGGUGAACUGUGGAGAACUGUGUGGUCAAAAGCCAUUGUUUUUUCUUGAAAAAUGCAAAUGUCCCUCAAGUUAUCGGGAAGAAAGAAACUUGAAAUUAAAGCUUGAAAUUAAAAUUAAAGCUCUGAAAUGUUCUGUCUUUUUUAUGCACCUCUGUAGCACUUGCUUUAUAAGUAGGGUCAUUGCUGUGGUUGGAGGGUCUGCGCUGUGAAAAUAACUUUUUUGCCACUAUAUCCUACUGAAACCUACUUUGUUUUGUCUUCAAAGAAACUGAAAGACUUGAGUGGACUACAAAUUUGCACACAUUUUUGAAGGAGUAAUUUAGCUGUUAUAUAUUUGCAUAAUUUCUUAUAAAACAGAUUGUUGGUGCACUUCUACAAACAAGUAAAUUACUUUUGUAUGUGUUUUAAUUGGUUAAAGUAGGUAAAACCACUUAGUAUACUUACAUUUAUGCAUACAACUAUAUAGCAUUGAUCACAUAAUGACUGUGGUAGAGACCAUUUAGAACUUUUCUAUGGAAUAACAUGGGAAUUACAGUUCUGUCUUUGAUUUGUACACUAAUGGGAUUGACUACUGAUCACACAUUUGUAUGUUGAACCAUAAUCUCUAAUUGUAUGUUAAUUCUAACAGCUAUAACAAGAUCUGGAUAUUAAUUCA